AUGGAAGGAUUGGAGCCGGAAUUAUAUGAAUAUUGGAGCAGCAUAAAGUGCCCUAGCAAUGAUGGAAGUUUGUAUUGGAAGAAAGCAUGGAAGACAUAUGGUACUUGCACUGGCAUGUAUCAACCAACCUACUUUGAAACAGCACUUGACUUAAGAGCCCAAGUUGACUUGCUUACUGCCUUAGCAAAUAAAGGAAUAACACCAUCAGAGACAAGGAAGUACUCAAUGGAAAGCAUAGAGAAAGCCAUUGAAGAAGCAACAAAAGCAACACCGGUGAUUAGGUGCAACAAAGGAGGACAACUUUAUGAGAUCUAUGUUUGUUUUGAUAAGCAUGGUGGUUCUGCCAUUGAAUGUCCUUUGCGGCCUUACUUCUCAUGUCCCAAUGAAAUUAUCAUACCUCCUUUUACUGAUAAUAUGCUUAAGAUUGAUGCAUAUCCAAGCAUCAAUGCUACACCUUCUGUGUCCGUUCAGUGAGAUCUUGUUUUCAAGAAAAAUGAGUUUC